UGAAGGGGGAAUGGUGACAUGAAUAAGGAAUGCGUACCCGCCUACUGUCGCUGUGACAGCGAAAAGGACUGCCUGGACAAGUCGGAUGAAGUGGGAUGUCCCACAUGCCGGGUGAAUCAGUUCAGCUGCCAGUCAACCGAGGGCAGAGACAAGACUCUGAUCUGCGAUGGUACCACCAGUGACAACUGUGACAAUGUCCACGAUGAGGCCGACUGCUGCAAGCGACCUGAGAGUUUCAGUGUCCCAUCAACCAGCUUUGCAUCGGCCGCCCUGCUCUGCGAUGGCCCUGCCUCGGAUAUUUUCGCGCACCGAGACAAAAAUCGGGCUUUAAUGGCUCCAUCGAAGAAAUUAAGUAAGCAGGAAGCACGCCGUCAAGCACUCCCUUUUAAAGACUUUAAAAAUGCAAUAGAGAACCUGCCGGCUAAGCCAUAUGAGGUGCAACGCGACCAAGCUGCGGAUGAAGAUGGAGCGAAAGACUAUGGAUGAGUAUGCCAGGCAACUACUACCACAAUGCCUUCUACAAGGACCCAAGGUCCGAAGGCGACACCAGUUUAAGGUACGCGCUUGUCCCCAACGAACGAAGGACAAGUUGCUCAGUAUGCCAAAAGCGGAAGAGGAUGAUUCGCCCGAAGAGUUUCAGCAUGAAUAGGCAAGCCUUUGCAAAGUACGCGGACAAGGAAACAAAACCGAAACAAAUAAGCACGGAAGAAGUCAAGCCUUCUACAUAUAUUCCCUGAGGCAAAUCCUGCUUUUAUGGCGAAGUUGCUAGCAUCUGGCUAUCCCGUUAACGCGUUAACUCCCGUUAAGUGCUGUAUCCAAAAUAGAAAUACGACUGUUGCAUUAUUGGUAAUUCAAUAUUUUAUAAACUUAAUUUUUUGGCUCGUUUUGUCCUACGGUAGUUACAAUAAGUUUAUUAUUUAAUUAUACUGUAUAUCUGUCUGUGCGUGUACGUGUACGUGUAUGUGUAUAGUUAUGGUUAUUGGUAUGGGUGUAACUAUAAAAUACAAUCACAAAAUGUA